AUGGCCUUGGUCCUGGCUUUUUCCCUCCUUCAAUGCCUCGGCAUCCACCAGGUCGUGGCGGCCGAUGAUACACCCGGCAAUGGACCGGCAUCCAUUCUCACCAGCGAAAUUGGGCGCCUCAACAACGAGAGUCUCUUCUGGGGUCCCUACAAGCCCAACCUCUACUUUGGCGUCCGGCCCAGGACUGCCAACCCUCUCUGGACUGGGCUGAUGUGGGCCAAGGUCGACAGCUUCCAAGAUGUUCAGACUGGCUUCCGGUACACUUGUGAGCAGCACGAGAUCAACGGCUACGGCUGGGAUGAGUACGACGCGCGCAAGGGCGGUGUGCAGUCCAUUCAUGACGAGGCGAAUCACAUUGACAUCACCACCUCCUUCGUCAAGGUCCCCGGCGGUGCCCAUGGAGGCAGCUGGGCGGCUCGGAUCAAGGGGGUCCCUCGCGAGGGCGCCCCUGCGAACCUCAAGACCAUGGUCCACUACUACAUUGCCCAGGACGGCCAGGGCGCCGAGCUGACCAUCGACACCGAGGGCGACAGCACGGGGUUCGACCAGGACAUCACCUUCAAGGGCAAGUCGGCCGACCUCGGCGCCUACCAGCUCGUCGUCACCAACGGCGAGGGCGACCGCCCGGCCGGCGAACACCUGCUGUCGGAAACGAGGCGCGGCGACAAGACCGUUGUCAACUCCCUGCAGGCGCCCGACAACAUGUCGUGGCAGGCCAGGGGCAUCGUGUACAAGCAGAUCCAGGAGUCGGUCAAGGCCGUGCAGGAGGAGCACAACCCCGAGGACCCGCUUCCUCCGUGGGUGGUCUACCAGCUCCAGAACAACCCCGGAACCGGCAACGUUCAGAUUGUGCAAAAGAUGUUCGAGGGCGCCUUCGAGUUUGACGUCCUCUUCUCGUCGGCGUCGGCGGGCGCCGAGCUCAAGCCUGCCGACCUCACUCGGGAGAUCCAGACCAACUCUGCGUUCUUCAACGGCAGGUUCUCCUCCGUCUUUGAUCUCCAGGCGCCCUUUACGGCCGACAAGUACAAGACGUUCGGCAAGAGCAUGCUCUCCAACCUCAUCGGCGGCAUUGGUUUCUUCCACGGCGACCACCUCGUCGACAAGUCGUACGCACCCGAGUAUGACGAAGAGAACGAGGGCUUCUGGGAGGAGGCGGCCGCGGCCCGAGCCCGUAAGCAGCAGGAGCUCGACGGUCCCCACGAGCUCUUCACCAGCGUGCCCUCGCGGUCCUUCUUCCCGCGUGGCUUCCUCUGGGACGAGGGCUUCCACCUCAUUCCCAUUGCCGACUGGGAUAUCGACCUGACGCUGGAGAUUGUCAAGAGCUGGUUCAACCUGAUUGACGAGGACGGAUGGAUCGCGCGCGAGCAGAUCCUCGGACCCGAAGCCCGCAGCAAGGUCCCCGAAGAGUUCCAGGUCCAGUACCCCCACUAUGCCAACCCGCCCACCCUCUUCCUCAUCAUUGAGGAUUUCAUGGAGCGCCUGCGGAAGAACAACGGCACCCGGGCUGCCGAGAAGGAGACCUUUUCCCCCAAGGAGUCCCUCCAGACGGCGCACCUCGACAAUGUCGAGCUCGGCGAGGAGUACCUCCGCAGGAUCUACCCCCUGCUGCGCCGACAGUACGACUGGUUCCGCAAGACGCAGCGCGGCGACAUCAAGUCCUACGACCGCGACGCCUUUUCGACCAAGGAGGGGUACCGGUGGCGCGGCAGGACCGAGACGCACAUUCUCACCAGUGGUCUGGACGACUACCCUCGGCCGCAGCCUCCCCACCCGGGCGAGCUCCAUGUCGAUCUCAUGUCCUGGGUCGGCCUGAUGACCAAGUCGCUCAUGAACAUUGCCGACGCCCUCGGCAUGCGGGAGGAUGUCGACAAGUACAAGACGACCCUCACCGCCAUCGAGCGCAACCUCGACGAUCUGCACUGGUCCGAGAAGCACGGCUGCUACUGCGACGCCACCAUUGACGACUUUGAGGAGCACGCCCUCGUUUGCCACAAGGGCUACAUCUCGCUGUUCCCCUUCCUCGUUGGCCUGAUGCAGCCCGAGGACCCCAAGCUGGGUAAGAUUCUCGACCUCCUCGCGGACGAGGAGGAGCUGUUCAGCCCCCACGGACUCAGGAGUCUCAGUCCGAAGGACGAGUUUUACGGAACAAACGAGAACUACUGGAGGAGCCCCGUCUGGAUGCCCAUCAACUACAUGGCGGUCACGCAGCUCAAGAACAUCGCCACCCAGAAGGGCCCCUUCCAGGAGCGCGCCAGGGACAUCUACACGCGCCUCCGCACGAACCUCGUCGACACCGUCUUCGAGAGCUGGCAGGCGACCGGCUUCGCCUGGGAGCAGUACGACCCCGAGACGGGCAAGGGCCAGCGCACGCAGCACUUUACCGGCUGGACGAGCCUCGUCGUCAAGAUCAUGGCCAUGGAGGACCUCAGCCAGGGCGGCCGGGCCAAGGACGAGCUCUGA